UUUUAAGUCUUCAUAUCCUGUUCAAAUUCUCACAUUUUUGUUAAAAUAGCCUUUUAUUAUUAUAAAAUUGUUUAUUUCCGACAUUUUGAGAGGAAUUUUUAGGAAUUCAUUAACUUUUGGGGUUUUAUGUUAAGAAAUUAGCGUAUUUUAUUUACACACCCUUACACACUAAGGUGUUUCUCCAAUAAAAUGUAUUUUACUUACGUUGUUAGACCUGGCGAGGCUCCAGAAAGCCGAGGUCCACAAUUUGAGCCCUUUUGGGACUUCUUGAUGAAUUAUAAUCUCAGAUUUGGUUUCCUUAUGCAAUUUGCUGCAUUCCUACUUCUAUUUCUUGGUGUGUUAACUGGUGGUAAGGAUCCACUGGCGCUAUUAUCAUUUUUGAAAGCAGAUCCUAAGAAUUUUGGUUCUGCUCCCUUUUCUUUGACUCUCCUAUGCCACGCUUUGUUUUUAGCUGGAACUUUAAUGAUUAUGUCGUUCAUUCAAAUGGGAGAAGACGAUGCUAGUAUUAAGCAAUGCAGAGGUUACAGGGCAGGGACUAAAUUUCUUUUACAAGCCACUUCAUUUGGUGCUGUAUCUUGGUGUUUAUCUAUGAUUACUUUUUUGGGUGCUAGUUAUCAUUUCGAUUCCCAAUGGCUCGACGAACAAAUUGGAGAUGGUUCUUCUUGGCUAAUUUACUUCAGUUCUAGACUUUUCGACUCUUUUACUCUAGUUUUAUAUGCUGGUGGCUGUUUCUUCCUCGAAACUUACCAUUCUGAGGGUACUAAUGAAAGUUGGGGUUGGCUUUGUGGAUUAACCUUUUUGACUGCUGGGGUUUUACAAAUGGCUGCUUUAAACUUCUUAAAUACUCCUGCUUUUGUAGUUCUGGAAAGACUUUACACCGUUGCUUUUGGUCUUUCUUUGUUCCUAAGCUCUAUGUGGGCACUUUUGUUUGAACCUGUUUCACAUCGUUAUGACGUAAAGUUAACUCAAUCUGCUCUCAGAAACGAAUAUUAUAAAUCCAGAAAUGCUAUGGCCUACUAUGGUCCUGCUGUCCUCGAUCAAAACGGCAAUAUUGACCUUGCUGCUGCUACUGACCAAGUCCACCAGGCUUUCAACCAACAGAUGUCUCAGAAUUAAACUUGUAACAUAUUUAACCUUAAUUAUAGAAUUUCUUCACAGUUUUA